AUGUGUUUCCUUAUUCAUACUUCUCAAACAAUUGAAAGGCUUGAAAGAAGUAUUCAGAUUUGUGCAGCUGUCAUGAAAUAUCCUAAUACUACUAUACCCAGUUUGACUGAAUGUUUUGAAUGGAAGCAUGAUGAAAGUGGAAAUCUUUUACCAGAAACAUCACCAUCAAACAAAAAGGCAUAUCUGACCUACAUCCAGACAAUCCUAUUUCCAAAUUAUAACAACCUCAAAAUAAUGGAAGCACCACCUCACUUGCUUGAUGUUGAUGCAGCAAUAAUGCUACCACAACCUGAACUGGUUGCAACCAUAGAAUUAAAGCCAAAUUUUCAGUCCAACAAUAUUUAUCAAGCUAUUGUACAAUUUAUCUCUGCAGAUAUUAUGUUCACACCAUCAAAUCAUUCUCAUCCACUUGGAGUUUUAACAGGUUUGAAUGACAAAUGGGUUUUGAUUUGGGGAAGUGAAAAUGAAUAUGUCAACUAUGCAAUUACAGAAAGUCUGUCUAAUGGAGAAGUGAAUAAGUCAGAUGUAGGACAAAUUCAUGAUUUUUUCAAUGAGAUGAGUUCUGAAGAAAUCGAAUGCUUUAAAAUUAAACAAGCAAAGCUUUCAGUAGCUUCCUCACCUUG